AUGGAGACUAUUAUACAAGAAGACUCUCCGCUCGCCGCCUAUCUCGAAGGAGAAGGUGGAGAGGACACACAAUGGGCAUCAAGUCAUGAGGGGGAUGCGGACUCUGAUUUGUCGAGUCCAUCAUUUGCUCCACGGGGGAAACCAACUGUACCUCUUAAGUUUCGACAUAAGCUUCCUCCACCUUUGCAGCUCACUCCCUCGCGCAAUACUACUGUCGCAGCGAUACAUUAUACAUGCUCCAAAGCCGUUAAUUCACGACUCGGUCGAGCCGAUAAUGCAAAGUUUCUGGAACGAUUUCGUUAUGUUAUAGUAGCUUCACAACUUCUCAAUACACAUUCCUUCCUUGGCCAAACAGGUUAUGGCCAAUCUCGAGAUGCGACCGGUCCUACACUGGAUGCCCCGCAACUCGGUCCCUUCACUCUCUCGGGUGCCGCUGCCACAGCGACACUUGCUUUUUCUUUCACAUGGUUAAUACAUUGGACACGCGGGAAUGGAACUUUAAUACAUGGGAAAAUUCGUGUGGUAAUACUAUCUACUGCGAUAAUAUACCUUCGACAGCAGUCCAUCGUGGAAGCAUCGCAAUUCGUUCAUAAAGCGCAGAAAUUUGAUGCUGUUGCGGCGGGGGCUCUAACACUCGUCCAGGAGGUUGAACUGGUAUCUCGUGGAAGCACUCCCCUACCCCCCGUUAGUCGUCUCGAAGACCGAAGUCAAACACGAAGAUGCACACGACUUAGGAAGAUCCUUCGGAUUUCUUUUGCCAACAUUAUCCCUCGGUAUAUACAAGCAUGCAACAUAUUGAAACCAUUGGCGGAAGAGAUGGAUCUGGAUAAAUACUAUGAUGUAUACGACAUCAGUGGCUUGGAUUAUUCGGAAGCUAUGCUAGGCUAUACAGAAGGUGAAUUUGAGGAUGAGGAUUCUGUUCGGGUAUUGAAGAUAUUUGCUGCAAGAUUUCACACUAUUCGAAAGAUUUUCCUAUGUUGUCUUCUUGCGUUUGAUGCACACGGCGGUAAACCGGAUUUUCAUCGAUGGGGUCUUGCCGUUGAUGAGUUGCAUACCCUUUGCUCCGUUACGUCUGACGCUGAGGAUAAAGUUCGUCGCAUAUUAGGAGAAGAAGAGAGCUUUCCAGUCCCGACUACUCCAAAACUACCCCUUACCCCAGGCCGAGAGCGUGCCCGAGCACAAUUACGCAAAUUAAACACGUUGUCUUCUGGAAUUCGUGGUCUACAAGCAAAACUGCAUGUUUUGCGUGAAGAGUCGGAUAAAUCAUUGAAUGAUACAGAAGAUGUAUCUGAACUUGGUUCAAAUUUGAUGAUGCAAUACGAUUCCAUAGGCAUCGAUCUAAAAGCGUUAAUGCAAGAGUGGGAAGAUGGGAAAGCUGCGUUAGCAGUUAAUAUCGACAGAAACGAAAAACGAGUAUCUUCCAUGUGUGGAAUGGUAUCACCAGCAUCGUCCCUGGGAGGUCUCACAGCUGUUGAAGAGGGAACAGCCGCUGACGCUCUGAGGGCCCUGAAUGGUGAAGGCAGGUCUCGAUCUAGCCUUGAAAUGAGUGGUUCCGAAGUAGAGGAAAUAUUUGAAGCAGUCGCGAUACCACGUCAACGGAGUAAGUUGACGAGAGAAGAACGCAUUGUGAAAAUGAAAGAUGAUCGUGUGAAGAGAGAGUCUACGAGAGACCGAACGGAUGCCAAUACCAAAAUGCUCCGAGAACUCGAGUCGGUAAUUAAUUUACGGCCAAGGCCAAGAACCACUCCAGCGGGGAGAAUUACGUCGAUAUGA